GGGAAAAAGAGAUCGCAACCUUCUUACAGCCCCUUACGAAAAGUCUUUCUGAACAACAAAAGGCACAUUAAUAUCGCCCGCUGUCCAAGGAAGAGAUCUGGGCUGCUCUGCUGCAAAUGGAGGAGGAAAAAACAUCGGGCCUAGAUGGCUUCCCAAAGGAAUUCUGGGAAACAUUUUGGGACCACAUGGCCCCGAACCUGAUGGAGUACUAUGAGCAGCAGAGGGAUCGUCGUUGCGAGAACAUCGAUGAAAAUGGCGGGAAUGACGAUAACAUUUUCAACAACAACAGCUACAACAACAACAACAACAACAACAACAACAACAACAACAACAAACAACUCAAUACUUCUGCUGCUGACGUGGACGGCGACUUUGGCGAUGUAGCUACCAGCGGCGUCUUUGGUCAUGGGAGCAAUGGAGUACUCCUCGUUAGUGCUGACAACGACCUUUCCAUUUACGUCAGCACUCAUGAUGAUGUUGAUGCUGAUGAUACUACUGCAGCUGCUGUUGAUGAUGCUGCGGCUGCUACUGCUGUGGAUGAUGAAGAUAUUGGCGGCCUUAUCGCUGACGUGGCAGGUGCCGAUGAUGAUGAUCUUGAUGCUGCGGCUGAUGCUCUUGAUGAUGCCGCUGUUGAUAACGAUGACGCGGAUGAUGAUGAUACUCAUGCUAUUGAUGAUGAUGAUGAUGCGGCUGAUGCUGCUGGUGAUGAUGAAGCUGGAAUUGAUGAUAUUCAUGACGAAGCUGCUAUUGCCGCUGAUGAUGACAAUGGUGGUCUUAUCGAUGAUGUGGCUGGGCCUGACAAUGGCGCGCGUGAUGAUACCGGUGAGGCCGAUGCUGCUGCUGUAGAUGAUGYUUAUGAUGAUGACGAUGCUACUAAUGCUACUGAUGAUGAUGACGAUGCUGCRGAUGAUGAUAWUGAAGAUGCUCUUGAUGAUGAUGCGUCUCCCGGGAGGAGCGGGUUGGGUAUUUGCAGCAGGGUGGCUGCGUUUCUUUCGGUUGUCUGGGAUGGGGUUUUCUUCUUCCCCACUCUUCCUGCGGGGUUCUUCUGUGGGCUAUGGUGGCGUAUAGGGGUUGGCUAGUUGGGGAUGUUUGCUAUUGCCCGGCCAGCAAUAUCAUUCAUCGGGUUGGAGUUUCGCUUCCUUGGCUUGCUCUUCAUUUUCAUUUGACUCAGGAAUGCUGCUUGAUUACCUUACCCCUAUGCUGCUUGCCUUCCCCCCCCCCUCUUUUGCUGCUGCCUCAUUUAGGUUUCGGUGAAUGGGAGGCGACGGGUAGGAUAUUGAAGUAACGUUUUGCAUCAGGUACUGUUAGCUAUGGCAUGCAUUCCUAUCGCCUGUAUUAGUUGCCCAUUGUUAGCCACAUGGCGUGGCUUUUUGAAGUGUGCUUCGAAACCCUACGGUUUUUCGUGCAGUUGGUCAAUCCUCCUCCGGUAUGGGGGAGUAAUCAAUGCCUCUGCCUGUA